CUCAAGAGACAUACUGGAGGCGGAGGAGGGUUAUAACCCUAGCUAUAUUUGGCGGCGCGUCUUAGCUGCAAAAGGGUUGGUUAAGGAAGGAUUGAGAUAGCGAAUUGGGAAUGGGAAUAAGGUGGAUAUUUGGCAAGACAAGUGGAUUCCCACUGUUCACAAUUUUAAGGUCAUAUCCCCUAUGUCCCCUUUUGCAUUGACUACUUCAGUUAACGAUUUGCUAGAUGUGGAUUCUAGAACCUGGAAUCAGGCACUACUUCAAGCUCACUUCCUUACACAGGACAGGCAUAGGAUUUUAAAAAUCGCCAUACAUAGACAACCAGCAGAGGACAAGCGAAUUUGGAGCUAUGAACAAUUUGGAAUAUACUCAGUUAAAUUAGCCUAUAGAAUCCUUAGGGACACACUCGAGGCAGAGACUGUGGAACUUUACACGCCAAUUAACUAGGAGCAUAUUUGGAAACUUCAAAUCCCACCUAAAGUUAAGGUUUUUGCGUGGAGAUGGAUAAGAAAUAUUUUGCCGAUUGGGGCAAAUGUGUUGGCAAGAACAACCAAAGGGUGUGAUGAAUGACCAUUUUUUGCCAAGCAGAGACUCAAAACCAUCUUUUCUACGAUUGAGGAUGGGCUAGAAGGGUCUCGUUUUCUAGUUCUCCAAACUUAAGUUUCGAGAAAGGAAAGGAUCUAACCUGUGAAGAAUGGAUGGUUGGCCUUCGGGAGACGGAAUCCGCGGAGCAUAUUGAAAUUUUCCUCGUUGCCCUCUAGUUUAUGUGGGAAGAACGCAACAGUCAGAUGUGGAACAAGAAGAAACUGCAAGAAUACGAAAUUUAGGGGAAAGCAGAGCCCUGGCUAGUUACGAAGUACCUUGAUUAUCAACAUGCAUCACCUGAGCAUGAAACCAGAUAGAAACCUUGUUGGAAACCGCUGGAAGAUGUUGAUUACAAGAUCAAUGUGGAUGCAUCAAUAUUUUCAUAUUCCGGGAUGGGUUUGGGGGUAGUGGUUCGGGAUCGAAAUGGCUCUUUCUGUUUUGCGCGUGUGAGAAGGUUGAGGAUUCAAUGGACUCCGGAAUUGGCAGAGAUUCAAGCUAUAAAAUUCGGUUUGGAGGUGGCCUUAGAGGAAGGAUUUGUCUCGGGAGAGAUCGAAUCAGACUGCCUGAGGGCCGUCCAGCAGAUAGCAAAGGAAGAAAGGUCGUUAACAGAGGAAGGAGACGAAUGCGAGGAGGUGAAGGACAGGUUGGAGGAUUUGGGUGGAUCAGUGACCAUUUGGUUUCGGGCCGGGAAUCCAAUCGGGCAAAGAACAUCAUGGCAUACACCAACUCACUCUUAGGCUUCCAAGCCACCUAUUUUCCUUGUGGACCAGUUAAUUCUUGAUUCCUAUAAUAUUUCCCCCUAAUGAAAUAAUACGAGAUUUUUCUAUAAAAAAUUAAGUUUCUGUUAAACUUCUGUUAGUUAAGGAUGAGUUGGCAAAUGCAAUGCUGAGUUGGGAAAAAAUAUGACGUGGCAGUGAAUAAGAUUACAAAUGAAAU